ACUCAAUGACUUAAUUCUUGUCAUCGGGUUACUCUAGUUCUAGUACGAUCGGACGUUUUGUGUAUAAUUGUAUGUUUAGAUCUUCUUGAAUUUCUAUCGCCGUCGGAAAUAUUAAUUUUAUUAAAAUGGAAAAAAACAGGUGGAUAUACGAGAUUAAUAAUCCCAAUAUGAUUUCCGUAUAUAUUAUCAAUUGGGCGAGUUUUAUGUAAAGAUCGCAGGCGCGAUCAAGUCAACACAUCGUUAGGGAAGCAAUGUGAUCGAUCAACGGUCAGGAUAGAAGAAAGGAAAGGAAAGGAAAGGAAGAUAUAAGACAAAUUACGUGGGUGGACGUUUGAAAAAAUCAGUCGAUAUAAAUAAAGAACUUGAGAAAGAUAAAAGAUCGUGAUCGAGUAUGAAAUGUCAUCAUUUAAAAACGUGUCUUAUUUCAGUGAAAGGCAUAGUAACAACAACGUGGUGUAGAGCACGUUGCCAAAGUGAACGAUUCUCAAUAUUGUCGAACGAUUAUCGUUGACCACCACUUCGAUAUUAUUAUUUAUUUAAAUUUUUAAACAAUGAACUAAAAUUGUACGUACAUUAUCGAUUCGCAAUAGAGAGAAGAGGAACGAAUUAAAAGUUGACAAUGGAUAGUGAUAAAAAUGUGUUACUUUCGUAUUUACGUAUCGAUCAUCGACAAGAGGUUUCUCGCUUCUAGAAAUACGUUUCUACCUUUCUAGAAAAAUACGUAUGGAUACGGUUCAAUAACAUAACAUGUCAACAUUGAAAUUAAGUAUGCAGGAUAAGAAGGACUUGGAUAAAUUUACGAAAUUUUUGGCGUUAAAGGCUGCCCAAAUAAUAGUACAGUCCAGGUCAGGAGAGAAAGUAUGCACAAAGUGUAAACCAAAUUCGUCGGGUACAGAUUGGUUCAACUUGGCGAUUCAAGAUCUGCCCGAUGUCUUGGCAGAGGCUAAGAGAGCUCUCUGCGGUGAAAUAGUAAAUUCCACUAUACCGCUUUGUAUAGAAAUCUCCUUGAGGACCGUAGAAGGCGAUACGAUGGUUUUAGAAACAUGGAGUUUAGGCGUUUUACCAGAACACAGUGAUCCUACAGUAAGAGUAACGUAUACGGUUUACAACAGGAUGGGUAUUUUAUUAAAAUCGUUGCUCUCCGUCUCGAGGAUUACUCCAGCUUAUAAAUUAAGCCGUAGACAAGGACCAGACUCUUACGUUAUAUGUUACAGAAUAUAUAUGGGGGAACCUCAAUUGCACACUUUAGGAGACAACUACAAGCACGUGAGAGUAGGACAACUGUGCACUCCCGUUGGUACGAUACAUUUGUCGGUCUCGUAUAGGACUAAAAUGACCAUUUCUCCAACCCAUACGGGACGAGAUUCGAUUAUGCUUAAAAGCGAUCAUUUUCAUUCGGAUCUAAGUCCAAGGCAUGCCCGUUAUCAACAAAGCGAAGAAAAUUCCAAAUCUUUGAGCGAUACUAUAAAAGUAGGGGCAUUUGUAAUUAGUAAGCCCCCUAUGGUCAAUGAGGGAGAUUUAGUUAUACCGGAUGUACCGUUCAGUUCUUUGCUGACUCCUCGACAAACCUCACCACCGCCACCACCUGCUCCUGGCUCUCUCGGCGAUACUGUAAAUGCGAAAAACGUAACGGCGGGUGUUGCCACGGACAACAGCAACAAUGGUAACAAUGAAAGACUCUCGAACGAUAAUACAACGUCAAAGUCCAAUUCUCAGAACGAAUCUAGAAGGAGUAGCUGUUCUAUGACCAGCGCAAAUGACGAUUUCAUUAUGGUAGAUUUGAAAACACCAUUCGCUAUUACUAACACUAACAGCGAUUUGGGAGCCUUUUAUCGGGAAUGCCAAAGUGCGCCCCAGCUUCAAGCAUUUAUGGAGGAAAGAACACUGGCAGAACAAGUGGGAGAUCUUACUAAGCAAUUGGAAACGUUCGAGACGAAUAUGCAGCAUUACGAAGACAUUUUAUCGUCGCUAUGUCAAACUGAAAACAAUAACUAAAGGACGACGAGACACUUUUCAUGUAUUUCUCGAUGUGUAAGAAUAUUAUUUAUUACACCACGCACUCAUAUUUAUUGAAAUUCUCUUCUCAUCUAGUAGUAUAUAUUAUAUUGUUAUUAUUAGGAACGAAUAUAAAUAUGCUGGUGCAACGACGCUUGUUUGUUAUUCGACGAUAAAUCGAAUUGGUAAACGUGCUGCUUCUCUAUUAUCCGUUUCUCUGUCGAAUUAUAUAUACGAUUGAUGGAAAAUGAGAAUUUUAAACCAUUCAAAAAUUAUAUGCCAUUGUUAAAUGUUUUCUUUAUAUACGUUUGAGAGCAGAAUAUCUUGGAUAUAACGGCUUGUUGGCUCGUGCGCCGUGUCUACACGUUAUUACGGCCGUAUAUACAUAUACAUUAUAUAUUAACAACCCUCUAUAACGGCAUGUAAUGCUUUGAACUCGUGUACGCUUAGACGUUUUAUAAUACGUUUUACUUCAUUAUACCCUUUUUUCUCGCAACAUUUAUUCUUAUCUGUUUUUUUUUUUUUUUUCUUUCUUUUUUUGAAGUACACCGUCCCUCGAUUUAACCACCAGAGUAUUGUCCAGUGAUUUAUUAUGAAGUAAUAUUUAAUUGUAGGUGAUUUGAUGCGAUGUACAAGCAGUCCGUAAGUAAGUCGCCCAUCGUAACCUCUAGUAAAGCCAGAUUAAAGUUUCUUAGUUCGAUCGAAGGAUUAACUUUCUCCUUUUCUUUUCUUUUUUUUUAAAUCCUACAUAUACAACAUCUUGUAUCGCGGAAAAAGAAAAGGAAAGAAAUGUACUUAAUCGAAUAAGAAUUUGCAGGCUUACCGAUGUAUCGUAUAAAUGUCAAUAAAUAAAAAGAGCAUUCUCACGUAUACAAGAGAUAUACAUAUUUUCUAAUUGCAUAUUAAAAGUACUGUCCAAGUAUAUCGAAGGACGAGUGUACAAGUUCUAUACUUGUGAUAAUCAUACAUACUGGUAAUAUUUUUACAUAUUACAUAUAAUUAUUUUGUAAACACGACCAACCAAAAAUAUUAUGCUUAUGGAGGGUUAACUGACGACGUUGUCAUCGUGCGUACGAAAAUGUCUGAAUGCUUUAUUAUUAUUGUUUAUUAUUAAUAAUUGUUAAUUAGUCUUAGUAAGGCAAGAUUUACUAUUAUUUAUUGUAUGUAUAUAGUGUAUAUUAUUCUUCAGUACGAUUAUAACUUUCAUCGAAUAAAUAUAAUUGCGUUAUCUCUUUAUAAUA